CAAGAAGCAUUCAUUUCAUAAAAGCUUCAUAAAUUAAUUCCCUGCAAAUUACCCAAAAAUGAAGACAUCCAUUUUCUUCAUUGUUACCAUUUUCUUGUUGGGAGUCAUUCUCAAGGCUGCCAUGGCUGAUCCAACUGAUGGCUUCACUCAGGUUCCUAUUAGCCAAUCCAACUUCCAAGUGCAAUAUCCUUACGAUGUGUCCCAAUCUGACCGUUAUUCUUUCGUUAACGGAGUCCAUAAAUUCUGGGUUUAUUCCACUGACAAACCCUUUAGCCCUAGCAGUACCACCAAGCCUCGUACUGAAAUUCGUAUCACUGGUUACGAUUACAGUUCGGGAACAUGGCAAUUCGAAGGGAACAUGUACAUUCCGUCAGGGACUAGUGGCGUUAGCGUAAUGCAAGUGUUCGGAGGAAGCUCCGCGGCCACGACCGCGAUGCUUCGAGUCUACAACCCUAACCUCACCUACUACAGAAGCCCCGUCAUAAUUUCCAAUGUCUACGGCACAUGGUACCGGGUCAACGUCAUCCACAACGCCGACGCCGGAAGAGUCCAGGUCUACAUUAACGGAGUCUUCAAGUAUGAGACCGGAGAUAACGGUGACGCUAACCAUUAUUUCAAGUUCGGAGUUUACACACAGGACAGCCCUUCUAAUUACAUGGAGUCCCGUUGGUCCGGAAUCAAAGUUUUCAGGAAGUAAUAGUACGUAGUUAGUACUUGAUCGAGGAUUCCUCAUGGUGGUUUCACUUGUGGAAUAUCCAAGUAAUAGUAUUAAAUAAAAGUAUUCUCUAAUAAGACUUGUUGUCAAUGACAUUAAUAUGAAUGAAUAAAAUAAAAGGAGAGUUUUAUGUUUAUUUUGCGUUGUUUUUAUUACAAUUCGUAAACAGAGUGUGACUCAUCAUUUUCGUUCUCCAUUUACAACACACCAUGUAUGCACUAUGAAAAC